CCAACAACACCACCCGCCCUCGCCAUUCCUGAAAGCGCCCGCUCGUUCACCGCUAUCUAUACAUGUCCGCGCGAUGGGACCCGGCCGCAGUGAAGGCGCAGCUGCGCCUGACGUCCCAGCGCAUCGGCCAGCUCCUCGAGCGCCAGGACUCGAAGAGCCAGAUUGUCCGCCGGGACAUAGCGACGCUGCUCUCGCAGGGCAAUGUCAUGAUUGCGCGCGCAAAGGCGCAGAAGCUAAUUCACGAGGACGUGUCGGGCGAUAUACUGGAGAUGCUGGAGAUGUGCAUAGGCGUACUCGUCGAGCACUUCAAUGAGCUGAGCGACCCGGACGCCCUGACGCCCAUUGUUAUCGAGGCGGCGUCCAGCAUCAUCUACGCAGCACCGUCCACGGAGUCAAAAGACCUGCACACCGUCCGAAGCAUGCUCAUCGAACACCUGGGACCGGACUUUGCUCGCUCGGCCAUUGGUAACCGUGAUGGAUACGUGUCGGCCAAGAUCAUCAACGCGCUCUCCGCCCCUUCCCCCUCCGCCGCUAACCUCGACGCAUACUUGGUACGGGUGGCGCGGACCUAUGGCGUCGACUGGCUGCCCCCGCCCCAGCGCCAACACAUCCUAAACCCUCUGUCGGAGAUCCUGAACCCUGAGGCUACGCCCGUCGUCGACCUCCCGCGACUACGCGAGCUCUGUGCUCUGGGUCUCCCCGACGAGCCGUCCUGGGUCCGUCCACGAAUCUGGAAACUAUUUUUCGGCAUCCUUCCGGUCCUCAAGUCAUCAUGGACGGGCGAUAUGAAGAAGCAACGGGACAGCUACUACGACCUGGUAAAGCGGCUUCUCGAACCAUUGACAGAGCUCCCGAAGCCUUCCCUGCCGCUGUCCGGUAUUGAUGAAGUGGCGUUCCGCGUGUCGCAAGGGCUGUCCCGAGUGCCGUCGUCACUUCUCUCAGGUCUGGAGGAAGAGCCAGAAGUGCUCACCAAUUGCCCACUUGACGAUGUGGCCGACGGAGGACUUCGGAUACUCUGCGCACACAACCUCGACGAACGUCUCAAGCUAAUCAAUGAGGCGCGCAACCCAUCGACGACAGGUCCGACCCCAGAGAUCCGACUGGAUGAUGACUCCAUGCCCUCGAUACAGCUGUCGGAACCCGUGGACGAGACACCAGUGAUCCAGCUUCUCAGCCCAGUCGAAGAGGUCGAGGGCGACACGGCAGAUACGGCAGUCGUCCCAGCCAAGAAGAAGCCGACAACAUUACACCCUUCUCGCGUUCAUGGAUCGCUCAACGUACCCAUCAAGCACGAAUCGGCCCUCAGGCGGUUGCUCUAUUUGCAUUCGUCGAUCAAUCCUGGCAACUACUCGCCGCACAUCCCUUCGCUCCUCGUCACCCUGUAUACGGUGAUGAACCGCGAGAUUGACCUGGAAGACAUGGCGCAUGUGGAGGCUGACACGUUCUGGCUGUUUGAGGCAAUGGUCGCGGACUUCUCCGAGCUUGAGGAUGAGGAAGGCGGCGCGGUCUGGAUGAAGAAGUUUAGCGAGCGUUUGACUUGGGCUGAUCCUGAGCUAUCUGAGAAUAUGGUGGCGAAGGGCCUUGACCCUGCACUUCCGCACUAUUCAUACCGCUGGCUGGCUCCGUUGCUUACGCAGACCUUACCCUUGUCGUCUGUCUUCUUGAUUUGGGACGUGCUGUUCUCGAAGCCGCAGGCCACACGAGACAGCAGUCCUAAACUGGAAGCUCUGAUCGACGUUUGCACGGCAAUGCUCAUUCGUGCGCGGCCACAAAUCCUUCGUCUCGGCAAGGGCGGCGCUAAGUCGCCUGGUCUGUGGGCCCAGGACGCUGAAGCACUUCCUCCGCCAUCACCGCUGCGGUCUUGGGAGUUGGGCGAUGCUUUCCUUGAGGGCAUGUCACUGCUGCAGUUCUACCCCGUCGAGGCCGUAGGAGGUGUCGAGACGGUUCUCCAGACGGCCAUGGAUCUUGUCGAGCGCAGGAAAAUGGAGGCGCGCCAGCAGCAGCCGAACCAGCAGAGUCUCACGAGCCGCUUGGCGACCACGAUGUGGCGCGGUUUCACGAACCAGCAGCACACGCCGGAUGCAUCGCCAGAACACUCGGACAACGAGGAUGCCGGGAAGGAGAAGCCCAAGGCGGCUCCGCCUGCUGCAACUGCACCUGCCGCGCCUUCGCAAGGGACCAAUAACAAGCUCGGUGCUCGUUUAGCAACCACGGUAUGGAGGGGCAUCACAAAUCAGAGCGCUAUGGACCCGCCGCCAUCCCCAUUGGAGCCGUCGCCCAUCGAAGCCCCAAUCCGGCUACCACCAAGGCCAGACGAGGUCGAUGAGCCUGUACAACCGACGCCUGCCGCUGCGACUGCUGCCAGCCUUUGGACCUACGCCGAGAAGUUCAAGGAGUCCGAUGCCGCCGCGCGUCUUUCCAAAGUUAGUAGCAACUGGAAAGCGCUCGCGAUGUCGAGCAACUGGCGCGGGCUCGGCGCGUCCGCGUCCGUACCCGAUAAGAUGGACCAGUCGCAGCGGAGCUCGGUGAUGAGCGACGGGUACGACUACCAGCCGCCGAAGCCCUUCCUGGAGACCCGCCGCGAGUCGCUGCCGGGGCCUGCAAGGCAGAGCAUGUACUCACCGCCAGCGCGUCCGGCCUUCUUCCGCCCGCCGCGGGACAGCGGGCUCUUCAGUCCUGUGCAUGAUGGGGGCAAGUCGAGCAAGUCUGGCAGCCCGACGGAGUCGUCGCCGAAGUCGGAGAAUGGCAUUUUCAGCAAGGCGCUGAAUGUACAGGAGGCGUUGGCGAAUCUCACGCGGGUGACGCCUGUGCCCACGCCUCAGCCAUCGCCGACGCCGAAGAGCGCACCGAGGCCGUUGUUGUUGGGGUCGUCUACGAUUACGUCCAGGCCGAUCAGCAGGCAUAUCUCCCGGAAUAGUGGGCAGUACGAUGAUCUGGGGAGGAGACCGGCAGGUCGUCCGACGCACAAGCACUCGCAAUCCUCGCUGUCGACGGUGCCAGACUUCAAUCGCUCGGAGCCAGAGUCUGACGGCGCUGCUUCGCGCAUCGUACCCAUUCGGCGCUCGGUGUCGCCGAUGGCGCCUGAAUUCCGCAGGCACUCGAGGACUCCGUCUCGUCUAUCCGAUGCGCACUCGCCAUCGCCUCGGUCGUCAACGGGUGGUCUCCUCAGCCCCCCGAUGUCCACGACGACGCUCGACUCACGUGGAUGGGGCCGCGUCGAUACAAACGACUCACCUCCCAUGACAUCUCCCAAAACACCAGACAACCUCCCCUCCGACACCGAAGUCCGCGUCGACGGCUCCGAGCAGCAGCGCGGCUCCAUCGUGAUACCCACCGUCACCUCGCCUCUGGACGCUCCCGCCCACGCAAAGAAGCUGACGCGCAAGAAGACGCCGCCGCCGGUGUAUAACGGCGACACCUCCGACUCAUCCGCGUCCAUGGCGAGUGUCGGCGGGGCCUCCAUUCCCGGUAGGCAGCAGCGCGUGCGCACCCGCCGCGGCCAGCGCCCUGCCAACCUCCGCCUGCACGAGCGGUCCGACUCACGGCGCACACCCAGCCCGAAGGGCCUCGUCGUCGAGUGGCCCGGCGAGGACGAGUUGGCAGCCGCCACGCCGAGGGCUACCCAGUUUGAGGGCGAUGAGCGUCUGGCGCACGACCGUACGCCGUCAAUGCGCAGCCAAACGUCGUCCACUUCCGCUUCCGACAGCUACGAAGGUGCCACGCGGACGCGCAAGGUGUCGACCAGUUCGCGCUCGAGUCGGCGGCGCGUGCGGGAGAGCGCCGCGGAGGAGGGCGACGACGAGGGGUACGACGACUUCCUGAGCUCGUACGAGAGCGAGGAUACGGGUGCCGUCGAUGCUGCGUCCCUUCGCUAGGCUAGUAGCGUCCGCUCGCUAGGGUAGAUGCCUCCACUCGCCAGGCUAGCCAACUGUUUUCGCUUCCAGCUUUCGCUAUGUUAUGCUCUCUGGAUCUAAUGCUGUUUAUGAUGUAUUGCAGUAAUCAGGUAUAUCACGAAUAUCACGUUCACAACGUCCGUUCCGACGCAUCCCAGUCUCGUAUGGUAUCAUGGACGCCUCUGUAGAUCUUCAGCACUACGGGGAAAUAGGGUAGAAUAUUCUACGUCGUCGUCAUGGUCAGUCUCAAUUAUCAUUUGCACGCGUACGCAGGAAUGCC